AUGGUACAUGGUGUAAGCCAUAAGAUCCAGGAUCAUCGAUCCAACUUUGCACGAGUCCAUGUCUCCGAACUCCACUGGGACAUGGUUCGCGCAGAGAAGGAAUCUCAGGGCUACGACAAGGAGUCUUACGAGUAUUCUUGCAGCCUUUCGCAAACCCAGACAUCGCACGUCGAGCAAAGCACUCAGACCAAGAGGAAGAAGAAGUCUAGCAUCUAA